AGCACGUGUGUCUCCCAGCAGUAGCAGUAGCAGCAGUAGCAGCAGCAGCAGCAGCAUGUCUGUGUUUAUGGACCUAAACCUGACUUUCACGGAGGACAAAAGUGUCCUGCAGAGGAUGAUAGAGACCGCGGCUCAGCUCGGUUUCUCCACCGUCGCCAUUAACUACAUGUUUGAACCAAAGGCUAAAAAGAAACCGCAAAUCCCCGCCCCCACCCCGAUCACCGAGCUGAUGGAUCAGCUACCAGUCGUUCAGGGUCGCUCUCGUCCAAUCAGAGUGCUGAACAGACUGACGUUGGUGAUGUCAGACUCCUUCCACUUUAGGUCGACUGCUCCUGAGUACAGAUGCUUUGAUCUUUUGGCCGUGCAGCCGACCACAGAGAAACUCUUCCAUGCGGCGUGUAUGGUUUACGACAUCGACAUCAUCUGCGUCUCCGUCACAGAGAGACUUCCCUUCUUCUUUAAGAGAGCGCCAGUGAACGGGGCCAUUGACAGAGGUGUUGUGUUCGAGGUCUCGUACUCUGCAGCCAUCAGAGACUCCACCAUGAGACGCUACACCAUCGCCAACGCCAUCAGUCUGAUCGAGUGCUGUAAAGGGAAGAGUGUCAUGGUGUCCAGUGCAGCUGAGAAGGCGCUGGAGCUCAGAGGACCCUAUGAUGUCACCAACCUGUCGUUGUUGUUUGGAUUAUCAGACAAAGAUUGUAAAGAAGCCGUUUCCUCCACCUGUCGAUCUGUUCUACUGCACGGAGAAACCAGGAAGACAGCCAGUGGCAUCAUCUACACAGUGAAGAGCUGCAGUGAGGCCAGUGACCAGCAGGAGGCGCCACCACAGUCUGAGACCUGUGAAGCUCCUCCUUCCAAGAAACAAAAAUCUUCUGUGACUGAGUGAUUGACAGCUGAGGAGGGCGGGACUUGUGGAUCUCUGUGUCUUUAUUGAUCUGAUGUUUCUGUUCUGAUAAAAAUGUGUUUUUCUGAA